AUGCAGAAGAAAUGUUUCAAAAGAGGUGAAGCCUCUGAAGAUCAUUGUAAAGCACAGAAGAAAGGUUUCAAAAGAGGUGAAGCCUCUGAAGAUCAUUGUAAAGCACAGAAGAAAGGUUUCAAAAGAGAUGAAGCUUCUGAAGAUCAUUGUAAAGCACAGAAGAAAGGUUUCAAAAGAGGUGAAGCUUCUGAAGAUCAUUGUAAAGCACAGAAGAAAGGUUUCAAAAGAGGUGAAGCCUCUGAAGAUCAUUGUAAAGCACAGAAGAAAGGUUUCAAAAGAGGCGAAGCCUCUGAAGAUCAUUGUAAAGCACAGAAGAAAGGUUUCAAAAGAGGCGAAGCCUCUGAAGAUCAUUGUAAAGCACAGAAGAAAGGUUUCAGAAGAAAGGUUUCAAAAGAGGCGAAGCCUCUGGAGAUCAUUGUAAAGCACAGAAGAAAUGUUUCAAAAGAGGUGAAGCCUUUGUAG